GUCCUGCCCAUGUGAUGACUCUACCUUCCAUUUCACCCCUGCAAGCAUAUUCUCCGCUUGUCUCCGGAGCUCGUGCCGUUCCACCCUCUGUCCUGAGCAGCUGGGACAGCCCGCGUCGAGAUGGAGGAAGAGUUGAAGUGCCCGGUGUGUGGCUCUCUGUUUCGGGAACCCAUUAUCUUGCCCUGUUCCCACAAUGUCUGCCUGCCUUGCGCUCGCACCAUCGCAGUGCAGACCCCGGACAGUGAGCCGCAUUUGCCUCAGCCGCUCCUGCAUUCCCGGGUGUCUGGGCUGCAAACGGGCGCUGUCGCUGCCGCCGCCGCCGCCGCCGCCGCCGCCGCCGCCCCACCCCCUCUAGACCACGACGCGGUUGCUGCCCCUUCCUGCAGCGGAGGGGCCGCGAGCUCAGCGGGCGGCCUGGGCAGUACUGCGGGAGGUGGUGGGGAUCACGUCGACAAGCUGAGUCUCUACAGCGAGACAGACAGCGGUUAUGGCUCCUACACUCCGAGUCUCAAGUCCCCCAACGGAGUUCGCGUGUUGCCCAUGGUGCCCGCGCCACCGGGCUCCUCGGCCGCCGCGGCUCGGGGUGCCGCCUGCUCCUCACUGCUGUCGUCCUCCUCAAGCUCCAUCACGUGCCCGCAGUGCCACCGCAGCGCCUCGCUGGACCACCGCGGCCUGCGAGGCUUCCAGCGCAACCGGCUUCUCGAGGCCAUCGUGCAACGGUACCAGCAGGGCCGCGGGGCCGUGCAGGGGGCGUCGGCUGCGGUCGCAGUAGCCAUCUGUCAGUUGUGCGACCGAACCCCGCCCGAGCCGGCUGCCACUCUGUGUGAGCAGUGCGAUGUGCUCUACUGCGCUGCUUGCCAGCUGAAGUGCCAUCCAUCCCGGGGUCCCUUCGCUAAGCAUCGCCUGGUGCAGCCGCCGCCGCCGCCGCCGCCGGCGGCGGCGGCGCCUGCUGAGGCCACCUCUGGGUCCCCUGGUGCUGCCCAGGGCGCCCCAAGCGGAAGCAGCGGCUGCAAAAGCCCUGGGGGUGCAGGGGCCAGUGCGACCGGGGCUAGUUCACCCCGCAAGUUUCCUUCAUGCCCCGAACAUGAGAUGGAGAAUUACAGCAUGUAUUGCGUGAGCUGCAGAACCCCAGUCUGCUAUGUGUGCCUGGAGGAGGGUCGGCACGGCAAGCACGAGGUGAAGCCGCUGGGGGCCAUGUGGAAACAGCACAAGGCCCAAUUAUCUCAGGCCUUGAAUGGAGUAUCUGAUAAGGCAAAAGAAGCAAAGGAGUUUCUUGUUCAGCUUAAGAACAUUCUGCAGCAGAUCCAGGAAAAUGGACUAGACUAUGAAGCCUGCUUGGUGGCUCAGUGUGACGCACUGGUGGAUGCUUUAACUCGACAGAAAGCCAAGCUGCUUACCAAGGUUACUAAAGAGAGGGAACACAAGCUGAAGAUGGUUUGGGACCAGAUCAAUCACUGCACAUUGAAGCUGCGCCAGUCAACAGGACUGAUGGAGUAUUGUCUGGAGGUGAUCAAGGAAAACGAUCCCUCUGGAUUUCUACAGAUCUCCGAUGCUCUGAUCAAGCGUGUCCAGGUGUCUCAGGAGCAGUGGGUCAAAGGUGCCCUGGAGCCCAAAGUAUCUGCAGAGUUUGACCUGACCUUGGACAGUGAGCCAUUGCUUCAGGCAAUCCACCAGCUGGACUUCAUUCAGAUGAAAUGUAGGGUGCCGCCAGGCCCCUUGCUGCAGCUGGAGAAGUGCUGUACACGGAAUAACAGUGUCACGCUGGCCUGGAGGAUGCCACCUUUCACUCACAGCCCUGUGGACGGCUACAUCCUGGAGCUUGAUGACGGCGAUGGGGGGCAGUUCCGGGAAGUGUAUGUCGGCAAGGAGACUCUCUGCACCAUCGAUGGGCUGCAUUUCAAUAGCACCUACAAUGCCAGGGUCAAGGCUUUCAACUCAUCUGGGGUUGGACCCUAUAGUAAAACUGUUGUCCUGCAGACAUCUGACGUGGCCUGGUUCACAUUUGACCCCAACUCUGGGCACCGGGACAUCAUUUUAUCCAAUGACAACCAGACAGCCACAUGCAGCAGCUAUGAUGACCGGGUUGUGCUUGGCACAGCUGCGUUCUCAAAGGGCGUGCAUUACUGGGAGUUGCACGUGGACCGGUAUGACAACCACCCAGACCCUGCCUUUGGGGUGGCCAGAGCCAGCGUAGUCAAGGACAUGAUGCUGGGCAAGGAUGACAAGGCCUGGGCCAUGUAUGUGGACAACAACCGCAGCUGGUUCAUGCACUGCAACUCCCACACCAACAGGACAGAAGGUGGAGUGUGCAAGGGGGCAACUGUGGGUGUGCUACUGGACCUGAAUAAGCACACACUGACCUUCUUCAUCAAUGGGCAGCAGCAGGGCCCAACAGCCUUCAGCCACGUGGACGGGGUCUUCAUGCCAGCUCUCAGCCUCAACCGAAAUGUGCAGGUAACCCUGCACACAGGAUUGGAUGUGCCAACAAGUCUGGGGAGGCCAAAACUCUCUGGUAACUAGCCUCCCAGCUUCAGCCCUGCCAUCCCUUGCUGCAGUCAAACAACUCAAGAGGGCUGAACCCAAUCAAGGGUGCA